GGGAUCUUCAUUCUGUCACUAACACAUGUAGAGCAGGGCAGGACUGAAGUACGGCGUUCGUGGGGGGAGAAAGAAGAGAUUACAUUACUCUCGUUUUGUGAAGCCGAAAAACAAAGGUCCGUCUGUUUUGUAUGGAAAUUUCUAAGUGCAUAGUGCAACAUAUUUUUUUCAAGGACAUAUCCCAGUCGCUCUUGAAACAGGCUCGCGCCAGUGGAAAUACAAUCUGAAAACUCCAUUGCCUUACUUCGUGUAUUACUAUCAAUAGAGCGAAAUAUUCCGGAGGACUUAAGAUCUGCAUUUUCUGGUCUUGGGCUGGUGCGUUGUAUCUUGACUUUGUCAUUUGAUUGCGAAUUCAACCCAGUUCCCCGGACUCUCUGUAUUGCUUUUUAAUACAAUAUAAUUGUCCGAGAAGGGUCUGCGCGACAAAUUGUUUCAACACUUACAUUUCAAGGAGACAAAAGAGCUUCUGAGCAGCUUCGCCCUGUCUUGUCCAGCUACGGAGAUCAUGGUGAACCCCGGUGGCAGUGCCCAGCCACCCCCGGUUGGAGCAGGCUCCCUCUCCUGGAAGAGGUGCGCGGGCUGCGGGGGAAAGAUCGCAGACCGCUUCCUCCUCUACGCCAUGGACAGCUACUGGCACAGCAGGUGCCUCAAGUGCUCCUGUUGCCAGGCGCAGCUGGGCGAGAUUGGCACGUCCUGCUACACCAAAAGCGGCAUGAUCCUCUGCAGAAAUGACUACAUAAGGUUAUUUGGGAAUAGUGGGGCUUGCAGUGCGUGCGGCCAGUCCAUACCGGCCAGUGAAUUGGUCAUGAGAGCACAGGGCAACGUCUACCAUCUCAAGUGCUUCACGUGCUCCACCUGCCGGAAUCGCCUGGUCCCCGGGGACCGGUUCCACUACAUCAACGGCAGCCUGUUCUGCGAACACGACAGACCCACGGCCCUCAUCAACGGCCAUUUGAAUUCACUCCAGACGAACCCGCUACUGCCAGACCAGAAGGUGUGUUAAAAAGGGAGGCGUUCCAAGAAGCAGGAGGCGUGCCUUCAUUUCCGCCCUCCCUCAUCGCCCCCCGCGACCUCAGUGCCGGCCCCCCCGCAACCCCCCCCCCCCGCCGCUCCCUCCUCCCCCCGCCAUCCCAGCUCCCCUUUCAGCACCCCCCCCCCCCCACAGGUGGGCGCCCUGUGCACACGCGUGACUGAGAUGCCACUCCGAGGACUUCGUGGACCUGGACUAAUGGGAGGCUGAUCAGAAAAACGAGAACGAACGAGAGAGACAAACCUGAGGACAUUUCGGGUAGACAGAGAAAGGAAAAAAAAAAUGACAAAUGAAGCUAAUUACGUGCAGCUUUUCAAAUCUGCAUAGUACCCUCAUUAACAGUUAGUGGGGGAACUGACUGCAUUUUCUUUCUUUUCCUUUUUUAAGCCCUCCCCCCCUCCCUUUUUUUCUUUACAACCUGAUAUUUCCUCUUUAUAUAUUUUAAGUGUUGUAAAGGGAAUGUGUUUCAUUUUGGGGAUAAAAGACUAUGGGAUAAAAAGAUAUCCGUGGCUUUUGUGGAAAUCAAAUCAUAAACACUUUUGGUGUAUCUGUAAAAUGCCAUGUAUGUAUGCAUGUAAGUGUUUUGUCCCGAUGUGGCUACACUCUUCUCCUGACAUCUCCUUCCCUAAACCCCUUUCCUCUAAACUUUUACCCCGACACCUAAACCUACCACAGCAGACAACAAAAAAGAAAAAGACAAACAAAAAAUGCUCAUAGCUGAUAAUGUAGAGAUUUUCACCAACCUAUAAAUGCUGAAUGAAAUAAAUCUAUUUGUGAUAUUUUCAGAGACAUUUGCUCCAGUAUGGUGUAUUUAAUUAAUAAAAAUUAAGAUCAAAUGAAAAUACAAA